UUGUCAUGAAAGAAUUGUUGGCAGUUUGUUUAGUGUUGGUAUAGCUGAUUUAAAAAAAAAAGAAUAACGUGUGUUUUAAACAAAUGUGACAAAAGUUAAUUGAUGAUUGUUGACAAGAUGCAGGUGCAGGCUGAGAAAGAAAUUGUUUUGAAUAUAGCGGAAGAGGCUGUGAUAGAGAGCGAAGACCGAGCCAAGUCCGAGGUGUCCGAGGAGGAGGAUGUGCACUUCCACGACGUGAAGUUACUGCUUCAGGAAGGCGUUCACGAGGAUGACGUGAAGAGACUGAAGAAUGCCGGUAUCAAUACCGUGAAGGGUGUACUGAUGACCAUCCGGAAGAAUAUUCUGGCGCUGGGCAUAGAUGAGACGAAGCUCUCGCACAUCUACGAGGUGUGCGCUAAGAUCGACAUGAACAACAUCUUCAUAACUGCGGCCGAGGUAGCCGAGCUGCGGAACAAGAUCUUCAAAUUGAGCACCGGAAGUAAACGGCUCGACCAACUGCUUGGGGGUGGCAUCGAAGCUAUGUCCAUAACUGAGGUGUUCGGCGAGUUCGGAAGCGGCAAAAGCCAAUUGGCACAUACCCUUUGCGUGACCACACAAAUGCCCGGACCCAAUUCCUACCUUGGAGGAAAAGUCAUAUUUGUUGACACAGAACACACAUUUCGUCCAGAUAGAAUACGAAUGAUUGCUGAUCGCUUCAACCUGAAUCAAGCUACAGUAUUGGAUAAUAUACUGUACGCGCGGGCGUACAACUCCGAACACCAAUGGGAAUUGCUGAAUCACAUCGGAGAGAAGUUACACGAAGACCCAGGCCUCUAUAAAUUGCUGAUAAUAGACUCCAUCAUGGCUUUAUUCCGUGUGGACUUUAGCGGUUUGGGCGAAAUAACCGAUCGCCAGAAGAAACUAGGUCAAAUGAUGUCAAGGUUGCAGAAAAUGAGCGAAGAGUUUAAUAUAGCCGUGUUCAUCACGAACCAAAUUAGCUCGGAUAUCAGAAUAAAUGAUAUGGAUAGGGCCACCUAUAAGCCCAUCGGAGGAAACAUCCUCGCUCACGCUUCAACUAAUAGAAUUUUUUUUCAAAAAGGCCAAGGACCGUUAAGAAAAGCGAUGGUCUUUUCCAGCACCGAUUUGGAGGAAUCCGAAGAGGAAUUUAUCAUCACCGCCGGCGGUGUGGACGAUGCAUAUUCAUAGGCGAGUAUAUUAUUUGGAACAGACAAAUCCAUUUUGAGACUCGUAAAAUAUUAAUAAGUUUAAAAAUUAUCGUGUUUAUUUCGUUUGACUUUUCCAUUUAAGUUUCAUUUAUUAUUUUGCCUUUGUUCAUUGCGCCAAAAAAGUUAAUA